AUGGCUGACCGUAAGGUGGCCCCGGCUGUGGUUUUGCUUCUUGUCCUGGUCUCACCAGCCCUGAGCGGAUGCCCAAGCGCCUGCCGCUGCUCCUUCGCCAUGCUUCAAUGCCUGGAGCUGGACGGAAUCACCAGCAUCCCUGCGCUGGCGGCGCAGGAGAGCGAAAACGUCACUGAAAUAUACAUAGAGAGUCAACCCAACCUGGAGAACAUCACAGACGUAGACCUCGCCAACUACAGAGAACUGAAGAACCUGACGGUCACAUAUUGUGAGUUGCUGUACAUCUCCGAAAAUGCCUUCCAGCAUAAUUUCAAGCUGCAGUAUGUAAAUCUGGCCUCUAAUUUUCUGGUGCACAUCAGUUGGAGAGUGUUCCAAUCGGUCCCUCUGUUGAGUCUAAUCUUAAGGGACAAUCCGCUCACCUGCUCAUGUGACAUUUACUGGCUUCAGCAGUGGCACAGAAAAAGACAAAGUGACACGGAUUCUCAACAAACCUGCGUCCACAAUGGCAACAGCAUUCAGCUGGAUUCAUUUGAAAUUGAUAACUGCAGUAUUCCCGAGGUCACAAUUCACACAUCGACACUGACCACUCAAGAAGGUGGAAAUCUGACAUUUACCUGUCUGGUGACUGGAGUACCAACACCGAUGAUCCGCUGGAGAACAGAGCACCUAAAGUCCAACUGGACCCUGCAGCGAGGGAUCUGGGGAUCAAGCCUGGAGCUGAUUCUGUUCAUGAGGAACGUGUCGUCUGGAGACAACCUGCACAACCUGACCUGUGAGGCAGAGAAUCGCGCUGGAAUGGGAGAAGCCGUGGUGCAGCUGGACAUCGAAUUUCCAGUGCGGAUCUUGUUUCUGAAGGACCCAGAGCCACAACAUCACUGGUGUUUCCCAUUCGCUGUGGACAGCAAUCCUCCUGCCAGCAUCAGAUGGCUGUACAACAACCUGCCUCUCAUCGAAACACGCUACACCUACACCGAACUGAUCCGAGAUGCGGCCGAUGGUUCCAUUCAACACGGCUGUCUGUUCCUCAAUAAGCCCACGCACCUCAACAAUGGCAACUACACACUCAUCGUGGAGAAUAAACUGGGUAGAGACCAGGCUACAGGCUACGGGAAGUUCAUGGAAAAUCCUUUCGACCCCUUUGACCCGGAGGGCAUCAUUCCUGUCCUCACCGAUGAGCCAACAGCUCCCACCAACCAAUCAACGGAGACGGAGAAACUGGAGAGCAGAGUGUUUGGGGUGUCAGUAGCAGUGGGUCUUGCUGUGUUUGCGUGCACAUUUCUGCUCAUCAUGGUUGUCGUCAUCAAUAAAUGUGGACAGCACUCCAAGUUUGGCAUCCACCGUUCAUCUGUUCUAGGCACCGAGGAUGAUUUGGCCGUAUCUCUUCGCUUCAUGAACUUUGGUGCAAGUCCUCUGUCUUCAGAUGAUGGCACGCUGGAUUCUGGCUUGUCCAGUUUUGUUGAGAACCCGCAGUACUUCUGUGGCAUCAUCAAAGAUAAAGACAUGUGUGUUCAGCACAUUAAAAGAAAAGACAUUGUUUUGAAGUGGGAACUGGGCGAAGGAGCUUUUGGCAAGGUUUACCUGGCAGAAUGUGCCAACCUCUGUCCUGAUACUGACAAGAUGCUGGUUGCUAUCAAGACUUUGAAAGUCGCCAACGAGUCCACGCGGCAGGACUUCCAGCGCGAGGCUGAGCUUCUCACGGUGCUGCAGCAUGAACACAUAGUGCGGUUCUACGGCGUGUGUACAGACGGAGAACCUCUGGCCAUGGUGUUUGAGUACAUGCGACACGGAGACCUCAACCGCUUUCUAAGGGCUCACGGUCCAGAUGCUCGUAUCCUGGAUGAGAUAAAGGUUCCUCCGCUGGGUCAGUUGACUCUUCCUCAGAUGCUCCACAUCGCAGCUCAGAUCGCCUCGGGCAUGGUGUACCUUGCUUCCCUUCAUUUCGUCCACAGAGACCUGGCCACCAGGAACUGUUUGGUCGGAGAGGGGCUGGUGGUGAAGAUCGGGGAUUUUGGGAUGUCGAGAGACAUUUACAGCACUGAUUACUACAGGGUCGGUGGGAGGACGAUGCUGCCCAUUCGCUGGAUGCCGCCAGAAAGCAUCAUGUACAGGAAGUUCACCACGGAGAGUGACAUCUGGAGCUUUGGAGUGGUUCUUUGGGAAAUCUUCACCUACGGCAAACAACCCUGGUAUCAGCUAUCCAACAGUGAGGCCAUUGAGUGCAUCACACAGGGGCGAGAGCUUGAACGGCCACGCACCUGCCCGAAGGAAAUGCAUCUCCUCAUGCAGGGCUGCUGGCAGAGAGAACCGCAGCAGAGGCUUGUCAUUAAGGACAUCUACAACCGGCUCGUGGCCCUCGUCAAGAACCCGCCCGUCUAUCUGGACAUCCUGGAGUAGCAGCACUCUGAUCGAACCUGCGUGGAAAAGACAUACUUCUGGACACAGGCUGUUUGAGGAGGAAAAUCAGUGGUGGGUUUUGGAAGGACACAAUUCACAAACUGUCUCCGAUGUGCAGUAUGAACGUUUCUGGUGUUUGUUGUGUACCUUUUAAUCCACUGGAGGUACAAGAUUGUGUCCAUGUGUUUAAAUUUGAAAAAAAUGCAUUAUGCAUUAGUGGAAAUUGCUCAUGGAUCGUCAUGACUCACCCUGAAGAGACACUUGAUUUUCUAUGAGGUUACUAAUGUCCAGGUCUUGUAAUUAAAGGUGAAGUGUGUAAUUUUUCUCAAUCCAGUCUAAUAUGCAGACAUUGUAGGUUGAUUUUCUCAAUAAAUGUAAAAACUGUGGCUCUGUUUGUUUGAGC